AUGGUGAAGUGCUUCUCAAAUACACUCAAGAUUGUGCGUUGCAGGAUCCUGCCGCUGCUCCUGGUGGUGGCUUAUGCCUACGCCCAAAAUGACCUUGAAGACGACGACCAAGACGACAGUCCACUGAGCUUGAUCCAACAGGAAUUCGGGGAGAAGCCGCCGCGUCGGCGGACCGAGGGAGGCCCCUCAUCCCUGGGAAAACAGCCCGGAGGGUCGCCCUCAUCGUCCUCCCCGUACGGAGGGUCUUCAGUCCCCGAGUUCGAUCCUGCGCUGCCCUCGUUACAGUCUUCAACAGCUUACGCCGAAGCCACGCCACCAUCCGCUCAAUCCACGUCUUUCGCCGGAGACCUCGACCAACCGACCACGAUAUCGCCGUUCUCAGCUCCAGCCACCACUCUGCCCCCGCCAUCGAGCCUCGGACUCGGGAACGAAUCUCCGGUACAAGAUCAUCGGGACCGACUCCCACCGGAUGAGAUCAGCCGGCGUACCGAUGAAGUGAAACCUCCCGGCUACGUCGACGACCGAAACGCGGCGCUGCUCUACCGACAUGGAUACUCAGGCUUUCGGGACCGUUCGGGACUACUUCCCGUAGACCUCUCCUUCGCCAGUCGACUGCACGCUCUUCUGCCGCCUGUGGCACGGAACGACGAGAACCGUGCCCCAAGACCUUUCAAUUUCGCGUACAUCUCACCAACCGAGGCGGGGGGCGCGCAUUCUCGUUCGGAAGUUGCCGACGCCGCGGGACGUCGUGUCGGUUACUACACGAUCCGUCAACCGAACGGUCACGUUCGACGCGUUAACUAUAUCGCCGAUCACAACGGGUUCCGCGCAGAAGUUCUUACCAACGAGCCCGGAACAGACAAUCAGAACACCGCUGGAGCAAUCUUCCGCUCCUCUGCGGCCUUACCCUACCCUGAGCGCUUGUCUGGACCCGGAGUGCCAGCAUCGGGCCUUCCGCCGUCGUCGAUUCCAGUUCACACUCCCACGGGCGGCCUGGCCCACGGAUUACCAACGCCGCUCGCGAUCACACCGACGGGACUUCCGCUGAGUCCUUCGGACGUUUCCCGUCCCCUGAAUCCCCUGCGGUAUCCAACAGCCGGAGAUUUGGAGAGCCGCUACAGGUUUCCAGGCGGGAGCCUUUUCCCAGACCUACGAAUGCGUUACGUGCGAAUUCCUGAUGGUUUCCGAGCAGUCUUGGUGCCAUUGCAUUCUUAAUCGGUCGACCUCUCUGUAAAUAUUAUGGAAGCCUUCAA